AAACGCGGACGUUGAGUUGAGAGCACACGCGACGCGCAUGUUUCAGCGACAACGAGUCGAAUGCACGAGGCACUCUAGGCGUAUACGCGAUUGUUUCUAACAUUCGGUGCAAAGGAAAUCAAAUGUUGGCUGGAAAUUCGCGUUAUGUGAUUUGAAUUAUGCGACGCUAAGUGCAACAAGCUGCAAUUUGCGUGUUCGCUCAUCUGACACGUGUUUCCCCUGCCCCGCGGCAACACCUGCGCCCCAGCAGCAGCAGGUCUCGAUGCCGUAGCUGCAACUAGAGCUGAAGCCGUAACCACAUCCGUUUCCGGUCGCCGGCGUCGCACUUGAUGGAUUGUUCAAUUUCAAAUAAAAUCACAAUAUCCACCACCCAUUGAGACUUAUGUGUGGCCCAUUGAGUGCAGCAACAUGUUGACAACGCACCACCUGCAUCACUUGCAUCACCAUCGCGGCAGCACGGCGGUUGAGUUGGAUAAGAUAACUAAUUUGAAUACGCUCAUCGUGGAGAUCAACAGCCAUGUGGCGCUCUUUCGCGACAUGCUGAUACAUGUUGGCCAGGCCAAGGACUGCCCGGAGCUGCGCGAAAAGAUACGCAAACUGCGACGCACCUGUGUGGAGGCAUUCAAGCACACGGCCCAGAUCCUCAUGCCACAGGUCAAGAGCGCCAUGGCCGAUGGCAUACUCACCGACAAUCCGCACCUGGUGCUGCUCUUCUACAUGGCUCAGCUGUUCCUACGUGAGCUGGUGAAAAGCUAUCGACUCAUACAAGUUGUACCCAUGGAUAUGUCUGGCUAUUAUGAGAAUCGUGCGGGUCCAUCAAAUUUGGGCAACGUUAUUAGCCAAAUACUGCUGUGCAAGCAAUUCACGCCCGACUUCAAUGAGGAGGAACUCUGCAGCAUCACAAAGGACUCGCAGGACAUCGCCAUGCUGCUGUCCGAGAUGCAGGAGUACAUGCCGCAGCACGAGGCAUAUUUGGAACGCAAUGCGGCACUGGAUACAAAUGCUCCGUGGCCGACAAAACGACGCCAGAAUUAUAUAUGCAAGAACAUGAGCCUACUAUGCUGCGUGUCUCGCCCCAACUAUCUCUGAGACGAGGCCGAAACUGUGUAAUCUUAAGUGUUACACACACACACACACACACACACACACACACACCUACUAAUAUCAAUUACUAGCGUUUAAGUUAAGCCCAUGAAAAGCUAAACACAGAAAUGUUAGAGCCUAAGUGUAAACAACUCAAUUAGCAGAAGGGAAGGAAGCACUUUUCACACAAAACACAAUUAAUGCUACUUUAAAUAUAUAUAUACAUUUAGGAGAGUUGUGUAUAAUCAAAGUUAGUUAUGCUGCAUAUACAAUACAUAUUUAAUGUAAUUGCUCUUCAUUUUGGCAUUCCGUUUGCCUCCGAGCAAAGAUUCUAGAAGUGUUAUACCACUACAACAAAAUACAAAGAAAAAAGUCAAAAUGAUAUUAGCUGAAAGGGACUGAGCUUUCGGUUUUGUUCAAGCUAUUAUUCAAGCACUUCAAUUCAACCCAGCAACAACUUUAAAUGCGCUUCUUGAAAGCUCAGCUCGCAUUUUCAGCCAAUGUCAUUGCAAAUUUAAGAUUUAUAAAGCAGUUAAGACUUUUUUUUAGGCCUGUAAAUUGUAGCUACUGUAUAGAGUUAUUUAUUAUAUAUCUAUAUAUACUAAUAAAGAAAUAUAUAAUUGUGAACACGACAAAACACACAUUCAAUAUACAAUAUACCGUUGAGUUAACAUUAAGAUUAGACAAGCAUUGAGUAAGGAAAGCAGGCCAAGGCAGAAGAGGAAAACUUAGACGUAGUCUCAAAUGAUACUAGAAUGGUAAUUAAAUAAAAAGCCUGUCCCAGACAACGUCAUGGGCAUGUGUUUGAAGAAAAGCAAUAAAAUAGAACGUUGUUAACUUACACACACACAUACAUACACACAC